AUGACAAAAAUAACAAAGGGGGAAAGAACAUAUCAGGAGAAGUCAUUAAAUCGCCUCCAAUGGUUGAUUCAGCGCAGCAGGGUGGGCUUCAAAGGAAAUCCAUGCCCCUUUGAGCCCACGAAGACUCAGAAAUCAGUGGCGUUGGCCAAAAAAAGAGCGGCGGAUCAACUCGCAGGGGAUACCGAAUUUUUGCCCUUUUGUCAUGGUGUUCCUUCACUUUCUGAAGACGCAAGCCCCACGGAGCACCUGCGUGGGGCAGAUAACUCAAGAUUUGAAAGACGAGUUGACUUACAAGAACUCAAUUAUCAUUACCAGCGGAUGGAUAAGUUUACUGGCAGACCUGAAAUUGAGUCUGCACUUUGCUGGGAUUUGAAAGGAAAAGCCGCAGAUGUGCAGGCGGCUCGAAAGUCAUGCCCUACUCACUCUGAUGUUUCCCCGCAUGCCUUGGAGAAGAAACGCGUUGCGAAAGGGUUUAGCAACCCGUACCUUGCCACCCUCUCACGUGCAGAGCGGGCAGCUAUAUUUAGAGCAGAUAUCUUAGCUCAUCCCAAAUUCACCAGACAAAGUCGGGAAUAUCGGGCCGGCGAUGCGUGGUAUAGUGGAACUCAGCUUGAGGGACCGUUGCAUGUGAAGGCAAGUAAGCCUUCGGUGCCUUCUACCCGGAACUGCCUCCGUAUGCGUGCUGGAUGGAAUUGA